AUGUGCUGUACGGGGAAGUGUGCCCGCCUGGUGGGCCUGAUCCUGCUGUCUACAGCCUUCAUCUCAAUGAUCGCCAACCUGCUGCUGUUCUUCCCCGACGGGAAGAGUCUGGAAAAUGAUCAGAUCUCCCUCCAGGUCUGGCUCAUGGGGGGAUUCAUCGGAGGAGGCCUCUUUAUGCUGUGCCCGAGCUGCUCGGCUAUCAGGGCCGGGGGCAAGGGUUGCUGUGGAUAUGGUUGCUGUGGCAACCGUUGCCGGAUGCUGAGCUCUGUGUUCUCCUCUGCUUUCGGCCUGAUUGGAGCGAUCUACUGCACCAGUGUGGCCUCAGCUGGUCUGGCUAUUGGACCCAAGUGUCGGUUGGACGACGGCACAUGGGUCUACCCCUUUGAAGACCUGGGCACUGGCAAUGGCAGCUACCUUGUAAACCAGACUCUGUGGGGAAUAUGCGACUACCCUCUCAACGCGGUGAUGUGGCACGUCGUUCUGUUCGCCAUACUGUUGGCCAUGGGGGUGCUGCAGGUUGUGCUCUGCGGCAUCCAGGUGGUCAACGGCUGCUUGGGAUGCAUCUGUGGCGACUGUCGCGAAACCAAAGAGAGAGAAUAAGGGUGGAUUGUGAAAAUGAACAUGGCCCAGUCAUAACCCACCGUCGCAAAGGAGCCAUUUCAUAUUCAGGGAUAACUCUGUAUGAUGAUGGGGUUUUCUUUUGUCUCACAUUUAUCUCAGAAGGAUAUUUUAAAUAUAUAUAUGAAAGCCUUACUCUAUUAUUUUAUGAAUUCUGGUGCAUUGCCUGACUUAUUAUUGGUUGAAUGUGUCUUUAAUUACUGAAUUAAUAAGUAAUUUCCUCACUGAAG